UCAAGGAAUCGGAAUCGUUCGGUUCUUCCCAUCCCGUGUGAGAACGUAGACUCCGCGCUCGAGACUGUGAGCGCCCGCCUCUGGAGGACAUGCGCCGGGGACUCGACACGUGAUCCGCUCGCCACAAUCCAGUAUGGCGGAAUCCGUCAGUGAGUGGAUCCGUCGUUGGCGCGCUCUCCAACGGGAAUAAAGUCCGGAGUGUUGCGUCCGAUCGCGGCGGAGCUGCGGAGAGUUCAAUCUUAUCGAGCAAAGAGGAACCGACACACAGUGCUGGAUUAUGGCCAGAGGGGGCGCUAUGAGCCUCUGAGAUUGUCCUUUCUUUCCUGUCCCAUGCCUCUUUUGACUCGUCUUCCCAUUCAACAGUGGAUGGUUACCAGCCAACAAGCCCCAGAGGAGCCUUGAGGUGUUUCUCACAUCCUCAUCUGCCAGGACACACUCCUCUUAUUAUCAACCCAGUCACUUCAGAGAAAGCUGCCGCCGUCGCCACAAUGAGUUCCCACAGCCGCCCAGAUGGACUUCCCAGUAAAGAACAUCCACUGGAACUUCUGAAGCCAUCUGGAGUCAACCACAUUCCUCCUGUUGAUGUGAGUGUGGCGCUGCCACUGCAAGUGCCGCCUUCUGCCAUCCCCAUGGAUCUGCGUGUGGAUCACCAGUUCGCCCUGGCGCCGACGGACCCGGCCCAGCGCGAGCAGCAGCUGCAGCAGGAGCUUCUGGCCCUCAAGCAGAAACAGCAGAUACAGAGGCAGCUCCUGAUCGCAGAGUUUCAGCGGCAGCACGAGCAGCUCUCGCGCCAGCAUGAAGCGCAGCUGCAUGAGCAUGUCAAGCAUCAGCAGGACCUCCUGGCCCUGAAACAUCAGCAGGAGCUCCUGGAACACCAGCGGAAGUUGGAGCGCCAUCGUCAGGAACAGGAGCUGGAGAAACACCAGCGGGAACAGAAGCUCCAGUUGCUCAAAAACAAAGAACGCGGCCAAGAGAGCGCUGUGGCGAGCACUGAGGUGAAGAUGAGGUUUCAGGAGUUAGUAAUCGAUGGGAAGGAGGAGCUUGAACAGAUGAGUGUCAAACGAUACAUGCUAAUCGGUACGGGUGAGUACUUCCACAGGAAAACCCAGCACAGCUCCCUGGACCAGAGCUCACCGCCUCAGACAGGGAUUUCCACUUACAACCACCCGGUGCUGGCAAUGUACGACCCCAAAGAUGACUUCCCGCUCCGCAAGACGGCAUCUGAGCCCAACCUGAAGCUGCGAUCCAGGCUGAAGCAGAAAGUUACGGAGCGCAGGAGUAGCCCGCUGCUUCGGAGGAAGGAUGGGCCGAUCACCACUGCAAAGAAGCGUUCUCUCGACAUGGCAGAAUCGGCAUGCAGCAGUGCUCCUGGCUCUGGUCCAAGUUCACCCAACAACAGCUCAAACAAUAUUACCAAUGAGAAUGGCAUCGCUGGAUCAAUGUCCAACAGUCCAGUGGAGACAUCUUUGGCGCACAGGCUCACAGGCAGAGAGGGUUCUGUUAGCCAGCUGUCUCUGUACACAUCGCCCUCCCUUCCCAACAUCACCCUGGGCCUGCCAGCCACCGGCCCCUCCAGCGUGGCAUCUGGCCAACAGGACGGUGACAGAAUGGCAGUGCCAGGCUUGCAGCCAGGAAUACCCAUAACCACUCCGUUCAUGCCAGGAGCCCACCUGCCUUCUUACCUGGCCGCGUCCACCUUGGAGCGGGAGGGCGGCUCGGCACACAACACUCUGCUGCAGCAUAUGGUGCUUCUGGAGCAGUCAGCCGCACAGAACUCCCUGGUCGCAGGCCUGGGGGGCGUGUCCCUGCAGUCGCAUCCCAUCCACAAGCUCCGGCAACAUCGGCCCCUCGGACGCACACAGUCGGCCCCCCUGCCCCAGAACGCCCAGGCGCUGCAGCAGCUGGUGGUUCAACAGCAGCACCAGCAGUUUCUGGAAAAACACAAGCAGCAGUUCCAGCAGCAGCAGCUGCACAUCAGCAAGAUGAUGGCUAAGCCGAACGAUGCGGGCCGACAGCACGAGAGCCACCCGGAGGAGACGGAGGAGGAGCUGAGGGAGCACCAGGGGCUGGGCGACUCCACGGAGGCUCUUCCUCACGGGGUCACCAUCAAACAGGAACCGCCGGAUGAACAGGAGGAAGAGUUCCAGCAGAGAGAGAUGCAAGCUGAGGAAGAGCUGCUCUUCAGACAGCAAGCUCUCCUGUUGGAGCAACAGAGGAUCCAUCAGCUGAGGAACUAUCAGGCGUCUAUGGAGGCGGCCGGACUGUCUGUGACCUUCCCAGGCCAUCGGCCCCUGUCCAGAGCACAGUCGUCCCCGGCCUCUGCGACCUUUCCCAUUGUGGUGCAGGAACCACCGGUCAAACCGCGCUUUACCACCGGUCUGGUGUAUGACAGCCUGAUGCAGAAACACCAGUGCAUGUGUGGAAACAGUAACAUCCACCCCGAACACGCCGGACGCAUCCAGAGCAUCUGGUCACGGCUGCAGGAGACGGGGCUGCGCGGCCAGUGUGAGUGUAUUCGAGGCAGGAAAGCCACUCUGGAGGAGCUACAGACGGUCCACUCUGAGGCUCAUGUGCUGCUUUACGGAACUAACCCUCUCAGGCAGAAACUGGACAGCUCAGUGACACCUAUGUUCGUGAGACUGCCGUGCGGAGGAUUCGGGGUUGACAGUGACACUAUCUGGAAUGAAGUUCACUCGUCCAGUGCUGCUCGUCUGGCUGUGGGAUCUGUAGUGGAUCUGGUGUUUAAGGUGGCUUCAGGAGAGCUGAGGAAUGGCUUUGCUGUUGUGCGACCUCCAGGACACCACGCUGAGGAGAGCACUCCCAUGGGAUUUUGCUAUUUCAACUCAGUCGCCAUCGCAGCCAGACUCCUGCAGCAGAGACUCAACGUCAGUAAGAUUCUCAUUGUAGACUGGGAUGUUCACCAUGGCAACGGGACUCAACAGGCCUUCUACAGUGACCCUAAUGUCCUGUAUGUGUCUCUCCAUCGCUACGAUGAUGGGAACUUCUUCCCUGGCAGCGGAGCCCCUGAUGAGGUGGGCAUCGGUCCAGGCGUGGGCUUUACCGUGAACAUGGCCUUCACCGGUGGUCUGGAGCCACCCAUGGGGGACGCAGACUAUCUGGCAGCAUUCAGGACGGUGGUGAUGCCAAUUGCGAAUGAGUUUGCUCCAGACGUGGUGCUGGUUUCUUCAGGCUUCGACGCUGUGGAGGGGCAUCCACCACCUCUGGGAGGAUACAAGCUCACGGCCAAAUGUUUUGGCUACCUGACCAAGCAGCUGAUGGGACUGGCUGGCGGCCGGCUGGUGCUCGCGCUGGAGGGGGGUCACGACCUCACCGCCAUUUGCGAUGCCUCCGAAGCAUGUGUUUCUGCUUUGCUUGGAAACGAGUUGGAUCCUCUUUCUGAAGAUGUGCUACAACAGAGGCCGAACCUCAAUGCCAUUCACUCCAUGGAGAAAGUUCUGGAAGUCCACAGUGAAUAUUGGUGCUGGGUUCAGAGAUCCGCCUCGACUCUGGGCUACUCGCUGCUGGAGGCUCAGAGAUGUGAAACUGAAGAGGCAGAGACGGUGACCGCCAUGGCCUCCCUGUCUGUGGCCAACAAGCACAUGGGAAAGAGGUGCAGUUAUAGCUGACUUUGUGUUUGUGUU